UUUCUAAGGCUCCCACCCCCGCCUAUUCACUCCGGAUCUCUCUGCCUCCUUCACUCACCGCACUACACACUGAGCAGCUGAGUGCCAAGCUGUCUGCCAGUGUCCAGGCCCUGGCCUGUCCCCAGGGAGCUGCCCACCUAGGAAAUGGUCAAUUCUGUGUCUUGGGACAACCUCACCUGGAAGAACGGUCUGGGAAGCAAGAGGGUGCUUUCUUCACCUGGAUACUGCUCCUCUGACUCAAGUGCUCUCCCUGCAGAUAACCUUUAGCCCUAGCUGUUCUCCAGGACUCUGUGCCAAGGCUGCCUGGCAUCUGGGGGUCUCCUUGGAGGCCCAGCUCUUCUGGGAGAGGCCAAAGCUCACCAGUGUCUUCCAGCCCCACCAUGAGUGCGGCAAACAACACCACCGUGGGGCCCUCGGAGUUCCCCACAGCAUCAGCCGUGUCCCCUGGACCAGUCACUGGGACCCGGGCAUGGCCUGUGCUGGUAGGGGUCGUGGUGGGGGCUGUGGUGCUCUCUCUCCUCAUUGCACUUGCUGCUAAAUGCCACCUCUGCCGCAAAUACUACGCCAGCUACCGGCACCGCCAGCUGCCCAGGCCAGGGAAGGGCUUCCGCCAGGAGGUGUGUGAAGAUGACGACGAUGGCUUCAUUGAGGACAAUUACAUUCAGCCUGGCGGGCUAGGGACAGGGAGUAGCAGAGAACACUUCUCCCUCUGAGCCCUGAUCUUUGGACACCCCUGCCCCCAUUGCCUGAUGGCUAAGGAUGGUGGCUACUACGUGGGAACCACGAGCCCCAGGGACAGAGGUGGCUGGGAUUUAAGGACUGACCAAGGCUGGAGCAAUUCUCCUUGGAUACUAGCCACCGAAGUGACAGUGACCCUCUCCUGCUCCGUGAUACCCAACGGCUGCUGGCAGUUCCCAGGAUAAAGCCUCCUCAGAGUCUACCAUGGCCAUCAGGCCUGCCCUGCUCUUCAUUUCCUUUCUUGCCUUUCCCCACUUUACUUCCCACUUAAUUGUUUUUCCUUCCCCUCCUAUCCCUACCUAUCUGUCUCUUCAGGUACCUUUGUCCCGCCCCUCCCCCUUCCUUCGCCAUAUCCUCUGUGAGUCCCUCUCCUUUCCGACUGUCUUUUCAGAUGUGGCCAGGUGCUCAUGUUUUAGGAGCAAACCAGCACACCACGUUUCUUACUGAAUUGUUUUCCUGUCAAUGAAGUAGAUAUCUAAAGGGUUAUA